AUUUCAGACGGCCAAGCCCAGAAGCUUUCUUGGGCAGAUAAGCUUGUAUGAUGAAUGCAUAUAGGUCUGACAACAUUGAACAUUGUUCAACUUAGCAUAGACGAACUUGGGAAAAUGUCAUGUGACUGCGAGAAACGCAACUACAAUUGACUCAAAUUGAUGCGACCAUGAUCGCGACUACUUUCAAAGUGUCGCGCCAAUUCACAACAAGGAGUGCUUGUUCUCCUUCUCGGGCCUGUGCUCUGAUCUAUGUGGAACAUCCGGCCUGGUUGGCUAGGUCAUUUUGACGAAGGAGGACUACGUCAACCAAUCUACUCGCUUGAUGUGUCGCCCGAUGGCGCGCGUCUCGCAACUGGCGGCCUAGAUGGCAAGGUUCGCGUUUGGAGUGUACCAGCGUGUCUCAAUUCAUCGGAUGAGAACGAGGCAGAAACAGGGCUUCUGUCGACCAUGCCAGCGCAUACUGGAGGUGUUUUGAGCGUGCGUUUCAGCCCGAAUGGCAGAUGGCUCGCCAGUGGAUCAGACGAUAAAAUGCUCAUCAUUUGGGAGCGGGACGAGCGGUCUGUCGCUCCAAAGAUGAGCUACGGCGAGACUGACGUGGUCAAGGAAGUUUGGAAAGUGUACAGGCGCUUGGUAGGGCACGAAAAUGAUAUUGUGGAUCUGGGAUGGUCAUACGAUUCGAGCUUGCUUGUGAGCGUUGGACUGGACUCGAACGUCAUUGUGUGGUCUGGUUCAACGUACGAGAAGAUCAAGACGCUUUCUCAUGCUUCAUCCGUCAAGGGUGUCACUUUUGAUCCUGCGGGCAAGUACUUUGCGACAGAAUCAGACGACCGGACCAUCAAAGUUUGGCGCAUAUCAGACUAUGUUUGCGAGGCCACCAUCAGCACCCCAUUUGUGAGCUCGCCCAUCUCGACUUACUUCCGCAGACCAUCUUGGUCCCCUGACGGUUCGCAUAUUGGCGGUGCGAACGCCAUGAAUGGUCGAGUCAGUGCAGCUGCCAUCAUCAACCGAGGAACAUGGACGAGUGAGAUCUCACUGAUAGGACACGAGGGCGCUGUGGAAGUAGUCAAAUUCAACCCCGUCUUGUUCCAGCGCGCGGACACUGAAGAUGUUUUGACCGUCAUCGCUUGUGCCGGACAAGAUCGCGUCUUGUCAAUUUGGAACACAACUCGAUCGCGGCCCAUCACAACUGUUGCUGAUGUAGCCGAGCAGAGUACGUCUGAUCUUGCCUGGACACCGGAUGGCCUGUCGCUUUUCAUCUGCAGCUUUGAUGGAUCCAUUACCCUAUUGCGUUUUGAAGAAGCCGAAUUUGGCAAAGCUCAAGGGUCAGAUGUCAAUGAGUCCGUGCUCAGUAAGUAUGGCGCUGGAAGACAGGGCGACAUCUUGCCAGAGUCUGUCGAGCAGCUCGCACUAGAGGACAGGAGUCGCCAUGCCGAAGAGGAGAGUAAGCAAGAGCGUCUUGCAGACCUAAUGGGAACUUCAGCUCAUGAGGCAGCACUAGCAAUGCGGACGUUACCGCUCGAGAAGCCUGUCGAAGCCGUUGUCGUGGCUGAGGAUUCGGCGAUCAACCACACAGAAGGCACCGCCAUGGCAACUACAACAGUCACUGCCCCAAGUGCUCCUACCUCGCCAGUUCGGCCCUAUGUUCAAAAGGUGACCAUGGUUAAUGGCAAGAAGCGCAUUCAGCCUCAACUCAUAUCAAGCGGCCCAGCUCAGUCACCUUCGAUAUCGCGACACAAUGCGCCGCCGCAAACCUCGAUGAUACAUCAGCACCAACUCGAGAUAUCGCAACCCAGUUUAGCAUUGCCAAGAGGUGGUCUGCCGACCUUGAUUGCAGGCAACAAGAGAUCAGCCGAGUCUCAAGACGACAUGCCAAGUGCAAAGCGUAUAGCUGAUGGUUCUGUUGGGGAUCCAAGAGAUGCGCCCGAGUUUAUGCGUCCAGCUGCAGUCAAUCCGGCUGCAACAACUGCCGCUGUCCGUCUUGGUAUACCCAAAAUCCAGUCUCUCGUCAGUCACAUAAAUACAAUCGGGAUACAGUACGUGUUCGAGGCGCGCAAUCCUGCCAAGGAGACCAGCCAAGAUCCCGUGCGUGUCUCAUUUGUUCGCAAAGGUCGUGUCGCGUGGAUCGACUACAUUCAGUCACCUGUGGUGUUGCUCAUUGGCACUGAUCAUUACGUCGCUGCAGCCUGCGAGGACGGAGGGCUUUUGAUAUGGACUCUGUCGGGACGACGAUUUUUGUCAGAGCUCGUCCUUGAGGCGGCACCUGCAUUUCUCGAAGGAUGCGAGACGUUCCUCAUGACCAUUUCCGCCAUUGGCAUGUUGCGCGUCUGGGACUUGCGUGAACGCAAAGCUUUGUUUGCUCCAGUCAGCUUGGCGCCCAUUCUUGAUGCAGCAUCAAGCGUAUACGACAAGCUGACGCGUGGCGCAAGCAUCACACAGGCUGGCAUUACAGACCAGGGUAUACCCAUCAUCACGCUAAGCAAUGGCGAUGGCUGUAUCUACGAUAAGGAUUUAUUCAGCUUUGUCAAGUUGUCAGAGAGCUGGUGGGCAGUCUCAAGCAAUUACUGGGACGGCACAACGGUGCCUCGUAGUGCUGGUGGAUCGACGUGGAACGGCGCUUCUGACACUCACGCAGCGAAUGGGACUGCACGGACAGCGGUCUCUGGUGGCAUAUUGGGGGCAUUGGAGCGCAAGACCAAUGAUGAGCUGAUGCGACAAGGAAGAGGGCGUCUACUCGGGCGGAUAGUCAAGCAGGCUCUCACGCGGGAAGGCUUCGAAGGACUCGAGACAGCUGCCUCUAUUGCGCAUCUUGAAAACAGGCUUGCUGCUGCACUUUUACUGCGAUCACAAGAUGAAUAUCGUGAAGCGCUCAUGCUCUAUGCUCGCAGGAUUGCUGCAGAAGAUGGCUACUUGGCCCGUGUAGAAGAGCUAUGCAGAGAACUCAUGGGUCCACCAGUCGAGCUGGAAGCUGCUGCUGCGGCUUCAUGGGAACCGCACGUCCUCGGUCUCGAGAAGCGGACGCUCUUGCGCGAGUGUCUUAUUCAGAUGGGCAAAUUUCGCGGGUGUCAGCGUGUGACAACUCAGUUCAGCGAGCAACUAGAUCGUCUCGCCUCUCUCUCAGCCAUGUAGAUCCAUCUUCGGGACCGUGACAAUGAGCCUUCUCGCCUCUGUCUUGACGUCAGUCGCUUUGAGCCUACAGCUGCCAUGUGCGCGUCCGCGGUCAUUCAGGGGCAGUUACGUUGCGCGCUGUUUGAAUUCUCAACGUCAACGACACAACUGAAGACUGCGAGCGCUGCUGAUCACUGAGGAUAUCUGAUCUUUCCAUGACGCUAUCAAAUAGUAUGCUGCCAUCUCUAAGCCUCGAUGCUCUUCCAUUGCGCUUGUUUGGGUCGCUUCCCAAGCUGCCACCUUCCCGUAAAAGGCCCGGCCAUGACGCGUUCGAACAGUAUGUUCCCAUCUCCAAGUAUGUUCCCAUCUCCAAGCCUCGAUACUCUUCUAUUGCGCUUGUUUGGGUGGCGACCCAAGCUGCCGCCUUCCCUUCAAAGGCCUGAGAGGGCAG